AGUGCGCAGACUCAGGAAGUGGGAGGCCAUUUUUUUCACAGUGCCAGAAUACAAAAGUUGCUCCGAAUCGGUGGGGCAAAAUAAAGCAAAUUGCAACAUUUGUGUAUUUAUCUGUGUGUUCUGCUUGGAGUCAAGAUGGGUAACCAUGGAAUGGAAGAUCUUAUACCCAUCGUGAAUAAGUUACAAGAUGCUUUUGCUUCCAUUGGGCUCAGCAGUUCUUUGGAUUUGCCGCAAAUUGCCGUUGUGGGUGGGCAGAGUGCCGGCAAAAGCUCCGUCCUUGAAAAUUUUGUUGGCAGAGACUUUCUUCCCAGAGGAUCAGGCAUUGUGACCAGGAGACCUCUUAUCCUGCAGCUGAACCAGUCCAAAGCAGAGUAUGGAGAAUUUCUUCAUUGUCGAGGGAAGAAGUUUACGGACUUCGAUGAGAUACGCAAGGAGAUUGAAGCGGAGACGGAUCGCAUCACUGGAAGCAACAAGGGCAUCUCCCCCAUUCCCAUCAACCUCAGAGUCUUCUCUCCUCACGUUUUGAAUCUAACCCUGAUUGACUUGCCUGGGAUGACCAAGGUUCCAGUCGGUGACCAGCCAGCCGAUAUUGAGAUGCAGAUUCGUAACAUGGUCAUGGAGUUUGUCAUGAAGGAGAAUUGCCUCGUCUUGGCCGUUUCUCCUGCCAACUCGGAUUUGGCCAAUUCAGAUGCUCUCAAAGUGGCAAAGGAGGUUGACCCAUCAGGUACCCGAACAAUCGGUGUGAUUACCAAGCUGGAUUUGAUGGAUGACGGUACUGAUGCGCGGAACAUUCUGGAGAAUAAACACCUUCCGCUAAGGAGAGGUUAUAUUGGUGUAGUCAACAGAAGUCAGCGUGAUAUUGAGGGCAAGAAAGACAUCAAAGUAGCCCUUGCUGCUGAGCGCAAAUUCUUCUUGAGUCAUCCUGGCUACCGUCACAUGGCUGAUAAGAUGGGCACGCCGUUUCUCCAGAAAGUGCUCAAUCAGCAAUUGACCAAUCACAUUAAGGACACUCUUCCGGCUCUGAGGAACAGACUUCAGCAACAACUUCUGUCCUUGGAGAAAGACGUGGCGGACUUCAAGGAUGUGAAUUAUGACGAUCCAACACGCAAAACAAAACACAUGCUGCAGAUGGUUCAACAGUUUGGAGCUGACUUUGAGAAACGAAUUGAAGGAUCAGGAGAUGAGAUCAACACCAUGGAGUUAUCAGGAGGAGCUAAGAUCAACCGUAUCUUCCACGAACGCUUCCCAUUUGAAGUCGUCAAGAUGGAGUACGAUGAGAAGGAAUUGAGGAGAGAGAUUAGCUAUGCUAUCAAGAACAUCCGUGGUGUCAAAGUUGGUCUGUUUACCCCAGACAUGGCGUUCGAGGCAAUCACCAAACGACAAGUGUCAAGGCUCAAGGAACCAUCGUUGAAAUGCGUGGACAUGGUUACCAAUGAGUUGAAUAAUGUCGUCCGACAGUGUGGAGAAAAGAUGCAACGUUACCCACGCUUGAGAGAGGAGACGGAAGGAAUUGUCACCAGACACAUCGCCAACAAGGAGCAGAAAACAAAACAACAGGUGAUGCUGUUGAUUGACAUCCAGUUGGCUUACAUGAACACAAACCAUGAAGAUUUCAUUGGAUUCGCAAAUGCUGCAGCAGCAACGCGACGUAGCACUACUAACAAUCCCAAUUCUACAAAGACACGGUCUGUCACCAACCAGGUUAUUCGCAAAGGCUACAUGAAUAUGCACAACGUCAGCUUUAUAAAGGGAGGCUCCAAGGACUACUGGUUCAUCUUGACAGCUGAGAGUAUCUCCUGGUUCAAGGAUAAUGAGGAGAAAGACAAGAAGUACAUGCUGCCACUGGACGGAUUAAGGCUGCGCGACGUUGAGUCUGGUUUUAUGUCUCGUCGGCAUUCUUUUGCCCUUUUCCUCCAAGAUCAGAGGAAUGUCUACAAGGACUACAAGCAACUGGAGUUAUCGUGUGACACGUCAGAAGAAGUAGACAGUUGGAAGGCGUCUUUCCUCCGUGCCGGUGUCUACCCUGAACGAACCAAGGAUGAAAAUGAAAGUGGAGAAGCACCGUCUGGUGAUGCCAUGGGAUCCAUGGAUCCUCAGCUGGAGAGGCAGGUGGAAACCAUUCGUAACCUGGUGGAUUCCUACAUGAAGAUUGUCAGCAAGCAGAUCCGUGAUCUGGUCCCUAAAGCCUGCAUGCAUCUCACCAUCAAUGAUACAAAGGAUUUCAUUCUUGGUGAACUGUUGGCUCAUCUGUACUCAACUGGGGAUCAGGAUUCGUUGAUGGAAGAGUCUCAAGAGGAAGCGCAGAGGCGAGAGGAGAUGUUGAAGAUGUACCACACAACCAAGGAGGCACUCAAGAUUAUCGGUGAUAUUAACCUGUCAACCAAGGCAGUACCACUGCCUCCACCUGUGGACAACGAUGACUUGAUUAAACCAUUCGCUAAUGGACCUACUCCAGCUCCUUCAAGUUCAGCUCCCAGGAGACCAGGAACUCACGGCGCCCCCUCUAGGCUAGCCCCAGGCGGUGCACCAGCUGCGCCUGGCCCAAGAGCUUCACCUAUUCCUAUGAUUCCUAGCAGACCUGAUAUGCCCGCUAGACAAGCUCCAUCAGUUCCCAAGCGCCCAGCUGGAUCUUCAGCCCCACCCAUUCCUGGCCGACCUGCUGUUCCUGCCCGCCCAAUGUAAAGUAUAAGCCACGCCUACUCCUAUCUGACCUCCCCCUUUGCAUAGCCACGCCUAUUCUCAGCCUCUCUGCUGUUUCUGCCCAUGCUUAGUCCUGAUCAAGUCACAUGACAGAAAGACACAGGUCAUCCAUCACGAUGAUAGAUAUCUACCUAGGAAUGAAGCUACCAGGAGCCAUAGAACCACUCUUAUUAUGACUUUUAGAUGCUCUGUGUUAUCCAUUACACUUUAUUAAUAUCAGUAGAUGCCACUUUUCGCCCCUUUUAUUCACCUGUUUGUUUAAAGUCGAUACCUGCAAUGUCAGGUGACCAGUGUUAAGUAUGGGUCAAAAGAAUAUGUCCAACUUUAGAUCCUAAAUGACUGUUGUUUACCAAUGAAAUAAACCCAAGGCAUGACAAAUUUUAUGGAGCGAGUUU